UCAAGUAAAAUAGUUUUAUUACAACUUAAUUGUACAUGUUAAUUGUUUUAUAGUUGAGGAUGAGGAAAAAAAGCAGAGAUCACACAUGGAGAAACAUCUGGAAACUACAGAUUUGAAACAAGUCGUAUCAUCACUAAAGAGCAAUAAUUAUGAUGCCAGUACUUGGCACAGGCUCUGCCUGAGGUUGGGUUUACUUGAAGAAACUUUAAACACUAUUAAAGCUGAUGAGGAUAAUGUUAAUGAUCGUCUGAGAACAUGUUUGCACACAUGGCUACAGAGAGCUGAUAAAGUAGAUGAUAAAGGAGGAGCAGCAUGGACUUCAUUGGAAAAGGCUCUCAAAGACAUUGACCAAAAGGCAGUAGCUGAAAGUAUGAGAAAGAGCAGAGCACACUCAGAACUCUAAAAUCAUUACAUGAUGCAGUAUGAACAUCAUUUUCUUUUACAAAACUAUUAUGAACUAUAAUUUUUGUAAUACAAAACACUACUGCACAUGGCCAAAUUUUAAAUACUUGUCAUGUACUGUAUUUACAUUAU